AUGACAUUUACGUCACUCUCUGUCUCUGUAGAGCCCGAGAAACCAAAGUCACCGGAGGUGGAUGCUUCAAAGAGAGAAGAGGAAGCUGCUAUAGUUGAGAGCGUCGUGGCUGAGGAUCACGCAGUCCUUCUGAAAUCAGUCAAGAAACCAACCAAGAAGAAAGCCGGAGCCAAAUCCAGUUCAGAGGAUGAAAACAGCCCGAGUGCAACAAGGAAGGGGAAAGCUACAAGAAAGCCCCCAACUACAUCAAAAAGAGCAAAGGCCCUGGCAAUCAGCAAGCAGAACACCUCCAUCAGACGAUCGAGCAGGAAACCUCUGGUGACGCCUGCCAGGAGCAUGAUGGAUUCUUCCUUGAUGAUGGGACCCACUCCCCUCGUCACGCCACGCUUCGACCCCAGGCUUCCUAAGACCCCUGCUGUGAGAGUUCCCCGCCACAAAGAGAGGGUCUAUAGCAUUUCAGUCAAUGGCUCUCCCAUUGCAGCAGGAAACGAGGACAUCGUCAUCAACGUCCCCAUUGGCAACGGAGAGAGCGUCCAGCUGUUGGCCAGUCAGAUGGACUCAGUCGAUCUGUCGCUGCUGGAUGAAACUGCCCUGAGGAGCAUUCGGCUGCUGAAGAAUCGCCUCACAACACUGUGCGGAAAAUCAGAGUGACCGACGCGUCUACUGCUCUGAUUUUUUUUUUUUUUUUUUUCUGAUGUCAUUGGUUUGAAGGGGACGGCUGGAUUUUAGUAGUUCUGUCUUUGCAGCUUUUAUAAGAUUAUUUGACUGUUUAUUCUUUGCUUCUUUUGUAAAUACACUACAUUUUUUUUGUUUCCACUCUAUCUUUCUAUACAGUAGCUCACGUUUCCAUUGUUAGCGCAAAUGCAUACGUCAUGUAAAUACUUUCAUCUUUGUCUGCAAAACUGAUAAAGGGUUUUGUUGAGCA